AUGGUUGAGGAACAAGACAAAAAAGAAAAAUUUCAUAAUUUUACCCGAUUUAUGAAUUUGGCAUUUGACGUUAACUUGACGGCUAACACCAAAUCAAGGGAUAAAGGUAUGACUCCGUGCGGGUGGUUGCAGCAGAGCGCGUGGGAAAUAAGUUCUCGCAUAGUCUCACCCAAGUCAGCGUGGGAUAUGGAUUCUCUUGGAUUUGCUGGACUCGAUGGCUUAACGAGGAUAAACGAAGCUACUUAUUUCGUGCAUUGCCUGCUGACUACUUAG